AUGAACUCGACCCAAGAUGAGGGCGAGAACACCCUUCGCGACCCAGACUUGUCCGAAGAUUCCGAAAACAUCCCAAACAAGGAGCAACAGCAUUCUCAAGACGCGGAUGACGAUAUCCCCAAUAUCAUCCCCUCAACCCAAGAUUCCUCGACAGUAGAGGGUUCACAAGUACAACUGAAUGAUUUUCCUGUCCAACAGAAUGGAAGCUCAACAGGGGAUCAUACCCAGCUGCAGGACGUCGUGACAAAUGGACUAGAUGGACCUGUGCCUUCUUCUCAACAAGACAAGGACCACAGUAACGACGGAUCAUUUUCCACUCUGGAUGACACCCCAUCGGCCCAGGACUCGUUACUUUCCUCACCUCGCAGCGAAACCGCCUCUCUACGUAGUCCUGCUCGAAGGGGGAGCCCUUCAAAUAUCCACCGGCCCUUCGACAGCAGAUUUCAAUCUCGUCUUUCCGGCGCCCACUUCUCUCCUCUGCGACCCGCUUCCCCUGCUUUUCUCGCCUCCCACUCCCGUCACUCGUCUACCGCUAGCUUCGCCUUCCAACCUCCUUCGGAACCAGAUGAUACUGCAGGUCCUUGGGAUGUCAUAAGAUGGAACAAGUUCAAGAAGAUUACGGGCCAGGCAUUCUCUGAAAUUGGGAAGAGAAAUUUUGGCACUCCUACGUGCCUUGCUGCGUCCGAUCAACUUGUUGUAGGCACAUCUAAAGGCCUCGUUUUGGUCUUUGAUCAACUGCAGAACCAUAAGGCCAUCAUUGGAGGUGGUACAAAAGCCGCCGAGAGUGGUGCAGUAUCUUCCAUCGCCAUUUCUGCCGAUUAUACAACUAUUGCAGUGGGGCACUCGACAGGACACAUCUUUACUUGGGAACUCGCCAGGCCAGCCAGACCAUUCCUCCAUAUACAACCAAUCGACAACUCCCAGCCUCAGGCUAGACGCGGCGAUGGCCAUAUCAUAGGUAGUGCCGUUCCCCAUGUCGGAUUCCUGGGCUAUCGACACACUGCCCUCGUCUCCGCCGACGAUAAAGGCAUGGCAUUUUCACACUUGGCCACGAGAGGCAUGGGAGCUGUUGGACGGGUUGUUCGAACCACCCGAAUCUUGGGUAGAUAUCCUGAAGUAGUUGCUCGUGCAACUAAACCACUAAGGAAGAGCUCCGUUCUCGCCUUCUCGCCGCUGCCACUUGGUAAUAUUGAACAGAGAACAGAUGGACUUGGACUGGUCGCGAUGCUAACUCCCUAUUUGCUGGUAAUCGUUUCAACUACCCCUAUCGCUCAAACACAGCACAAAGCCGCUCGACCGAAGGAAGUGGCCGCGCACAGUGCAAUGACUGCCGCUUUAGCAUGGUUCCCUGCCAUAAAACUUAAGACCCAGGACACAGAAGUCUCUAAAACAAAGCUUGUGUAUGCAUGGUCGAAUAUUCUCACUAUUUUGGAGGUCCAUGAAGCACCGCCAGAGGAUGAAAGGAAUAAAGACAAGCCUCCAGAACUACAAUUCCUGGCCCGAAGCCGUUUCCAAGCAGAAGAGGCUAUUGUCGCAGUGCAAUGGCUAAACAGAUCGGUUCUCGCUGUUUUAACCAUCACACAACAGCUUCUGAUCAUUGAGGAUUUGACGAUGCAUGUGACUGAAGCUUUCGAUCUAUUGAACAAGAGCAUCUACCACGCGGAUCUCUACUCUCAGCAGUUGUUGUCCAUCAUUGAACAGCUUGAUGAAGAAGACACUUCCAUGCAUGGUGUUGUAGCAGAUGCCUUCCACAUGAGUUUCCGUGCGUACAAAGGCCGGCUGUUUCUCCUUGGUUUCAAUGAUAUAUGGAUUGGAGCCCUGACCAAUUGGGCAGAUCGAUUACUCGCUCUAAUGAAUGUCGGCGAUUUUAUCGGCGCAAUCCGACUUGCGACGAGAUAUUACAUGGGUGAAGGCGAGAAGUCUACAAUUGGCUUGCCUGAGGAAGAUGCCGUGAGGUCCGGGAUGGUACAAGAGAAACUUUCGGAGAUGAUGGCUGCCUCCUUAAAGUACGCCUUUGGCAAAAAUCAGCGGGCUGGAAAUGAACCAAUUGAGAAGCCCCAAAUGGUUGAAUUGGCUGAUGCAUGUCUAAAAGCAUGCCUUGUGAUGCACGACCUUGACUUUCUAUUCGAGGAGGUGUUUGUCUGGUAUGACGACAAUGAUGAGGGACCAAUAUUUGUGGAUACUCUGGAGCCUUACAUCCUUGACCGAACGAUAGUCUCCCUCCCACCACCAGUUUUAAAGUCGUUGAUCGACCACUUCGUCCUUACGCACACUCCAUCUACAUUGGAGGAAAUCAUCUGCAUGCUAGACACAUCAACAAUGGACUUGGACCAAGUCACCACGCUUUGCAAACGACACAAUCUGUACGAUGCAUACAUCUAUGUCUGGACGAUGGCACUGCGAGAUUUUACGACCCCUCUAAGCUUACUCCUGGGAUUUGCUGAUCCUGACCAAUCAAUCCCCUCAGCCACUGUCUCACAAACCGAUCGUUUUCAAUCGGCCCAGAAAAUGUUUCCUUAUAUCUCUUUCAUCCUUACAAGCCGUGUAUACCCUACAGGGACCGAUUUGUCUGAGGAUGAAUCAAACGAAGCAAAGGGCCAGCUAUAUGAUUUCUUUUUCUCCGGAAAACCAGCAGCCAAUGGAGUUUCAAAGAAAGCAGGUGACAAGACGGCCAUCAAGAAAACAGCCGAGUCAUUUGAGAUGCUUACUCAGAUACUGCAUUUUGAUGCACCAAAUUUCAUCGCCGCGUUAAACGAGGCAUUUGAGGAUAGUUUCUUGAACUUAGGCGAUGAAGAUGCCUUUACGGAGUCUCACUCUCCCCAAGGGCCCACGACACGGAUUUAUACGCGCCAAUAUGUUGUUCGCAUAAUGUUAGAAGUCAUGUCCUCCGGGUUUGAGGCUGACGAAACCAUCUACCUAGACAUGUUCAUCGCUCGCAAUCUCGCCAAAUUUCCUCAAUAUCUGAUUCUCUCCGGUACCAUCCUGCAGGAAGUCUUUUACCGGUUAUGUAAAUACUCAGAGGAGGGAAUGCGGGACGAUGCUCAGCUGAGCGUGGAAUAUUUACUGUCCAUUUACCAACCGCCAAAUAUCCUGGAAUUUGUCCCUUCUCUUCAGGAGGCACACUUCUAUCGAGUCCUCAAAUCGGUUUUCAAGCAAGAACAUCACUUUGCUCAAAUGAUACACACCUAUUUCCUAGAUGUUGAAGCACAGGAGGAUGUAUUUCAGGCCAUCGUUGACUGCCUCAAGACUAGCUCCAGGUUGCUCGAAGAACAGCGGCUAGAGGUCAGACAGGUGAUAGAAGAGCAUGCUGGAGAUCUCGUCGAUCUUGAUGUCGAGCGAACUGCCUUUGCCAUUGAUGAAGUCUGCCCAGAUCUGCAUUCGACGUUCCUCAACGUGCUCAGUGAGGAUGAGUAUGGCCAAUUCACGUAUUUGAAGACACUGCUGGACUUGAAAGAUCAGCCAGGCCAUCAACGGGUUUACAGCAAUAGCUUCAAAGAGCUCUACAUCCGUCUACUUUGUCGGUUCGAUUCUAGUCAUGUCAGAGACUAUGUCGAACGUGUCAAGGCGGGUGAUUUACGUCUUGAAGAGGUGCUACCAACCAUCGAAGAAAGUGGCAAUAUUGAUGCUGUGGUAAUAUUGCAAGCACAGCAAGGCCAUGUCAAAGAUGCCAUAGAGCGGCUGAAUCGACAUUUAUCCUUUCUAGGAACCACAUUGAAGGCUGUGAGCUCGAAGUCAUUUGGUGAAAACGACGACGAGUCAUUAAGACAUCCUGUCGAGGGUUUGCUUGAGUCCGUGGAAAAAUAUGCUCAGAUUGGGAUUUGGUUAUGUCAAGCCCAAAUGAAAAACGUCUCGAAGGCGACAGGACCGGCCAAAUCACCGAGAAGAUCUGUGAGCGCUACGAGAGCACUCUCAUUUGAAGAAGAGCUCUGGUUAGAGCUUAUUAUUUCGGUUGUGGCUAUCGCCCGCGAUUUGUCCAUGGGCUCGCUCAGGGAACAGGUUGGUGAACAAGCUGAUAUCACGACAUCAUUGCGAAGUGUCAUUCAGCAGGUAUUUACAGCAUUGCUGGUAAAUACCACUUCUGUUCGAGAGAGCUCGGGUACCCGAGAUAUGAUGUUUCUACGCAUUCUUCGUGCUUUUCUCACCCACGCAGCCGAAAGUAGCCCGUCUCUGUCCGAAUUGAGAAAUGUGAUCAGCUCCAUUUUUUCGGCUUAUGCAUAUGAAGAGUCACUUCUGGCCCUGUCCAAUUCGAUGAUGGACAAGGAUGUUUUUGUUCGCCUUGAUGAAGUAACAGCUCUCAGGCAGCGCGGUUGGAGGCCAAGGGGCCAAGUCUGCGAGGUAUGUCGACGCCGAGCGUGGGGACCCGGCAUGGGAGUCCGUGUUUGGGAAGAGUGGGAGAAGAAAGAAGAAGCAAGAUCACUCCGAAGGUGUCGCCUUCAACUGGGUCUACCCUCGGACGACGCAGAAGAAGUGGAUCGUGGCAAGGGUAAAGCUACAAUUGACGUAAGCCCGCAAGAGCCAGCUGAGGAAGAAAGACCUGGUGGCGGUAGUGAAGCCUUGGGACCGAUAGUGGUUUUCUCAUGUCGACAUUUGUAUCACCAGAAAUGUUUAGUCCCUGGACAGAUGGAAGACGGUUCCAUUGGGCUCGCAUGCCCGGCUUGCGUAUAG